AUGAAUAACGCGUCUACUACCAAAGUCUCUACAGAAUGGCUUUGCAACUCAAACGAAGCAGUGGAAAUACAAUUGCAUCAAUCGAAUUAUAAAGACCGAUUUUCACCAAACUUCACCUAUCCAAUAUUUGGCAAACACGAACAAAUAUACGGGUACAAAAAUCUGAAAAUCAAACUAUACUACGCGUCUGGAAGUCUUUCGACGUACUUCAACGUCUCCUUUGAUCAAAAAAUCACAGAAAUUACGCCUGUCGCUCAGCCAGACGAUGUAAUAGGCAAAAUAAAGGAAUUCAUUCCGAAAGAUUUCACCACCAAUUAUGACACCUUUCUCAAUAUUGUGGAAUCGGAUUCACUAAAUUUUCGGCCCAUGGGUGAAAAAAUUGAUGAAUACUACACCAGAAGAAAUGACAAUGGUGAUGACACAGUAUAUGAAAUUUACAAGACGAAUUUCAAUACCCCAAAAUUUAAAGAAUUCCAUAGACGGUUACAGAUUUUUGCUCUCUUUUACAUUGAGGGUGCUUCCUACAUUGACGAGGAUGACGAGAAAUGGGAAAUCGCGCUAUUAUUUGAAAAGAAAAAUACGAGUGGUACGCACAUAUAUAAUUUAGUGGGUUAUUGCACGAUGUAUGCGUAUUUCUACUGUGAUCGUGGUAAGAUCACUUCUGUCGAGAAAUCCUUGCCUCAAAAUUCCACGUUAUCCCACGAUAUACGAAUGAGGAUCAGUCAAUUUCUCAUUCUUCCCCCAUAUCAGUCACAAGGUCACGGUAACAAAUUGUAUCAAUCGCUUUACCAAAGUUUCUUGGCUAAUUCCUUGAUAAAAGAAAUCACCGUCGAAGACCCCAAUGAACCAUUCCAAGAUCUACGAGACAAGAAUGAUCUCAGAUACUUGAUUGAUAGCAAACUAUUAGAAAACAUACAACUCCCGGUCGACAAGCAAGCGGUGGAAAACACACGACAUAAAUGCAGAUUGAACAAGAGACAGAUGGCACGAUGCUUGGAAAUUUAUUUGUUACGGAAAUUAAAUAAGACGAAUGAAAAAUCAUAUAAGAAUUAUCGAUUGCACGUGAAAGAGCGCCUCUUUCGUCAUAAUGAAGAUGCUUUAAAUCAAUUGAGUAGGGAAGAAAGAUUGCAGAAAUUAGAAGAAACUUAUCGAGAUGUCGAAGAUGAUUAUCAAAGGAUAUUAUUGCUUCUGUAG